CUGGUCUCCCUGUUUCGUAGGAGGGGUGUCUCGGGGGGCUGCGGCUGUCUCUCGGUCUCCUCGCCAUCCCCGCCCCCGCGUGCAGCCCUUGGGAGGAGAGGGGGCGGACAUCUGUUGCCUAGCAACUGGAAGCCCUGAGCAGAGGCUGUCAUGGGGGCAGGUAGCUGUUCCCCGGAGCCGGUCUCCGGGAUUCCCACCCGCAGCUCGAUCCUAAAAGAUGAGCUUUCCUGGUUUUCCCUACCCAAUUUCUAAAUGAAAUUCAACUUAAAGUAAAUUAGGCCAAAAGAAGAAAAGGCUGCUUCCCGACGUCAAAAGAAGCUGCCACUGUUGCAUCCAAAAUUCAAGUGCUAAAAUGCCUUCUACGCGGAAAGUAAGAAUAAAAGAACCCCUAGAUCAGAGAGAAUCAUGGUGGCGAACAACACUAAAAGAAACUCCCAUACCAGGCACCUACACAGUGCGAGACUUUCUUGAAGAAUCCCAGUUAAACCCGGUGAACAUUACCUACAAUUUUAAAAAUGAAGGUCGGAGCAAAAUGUCUUUGGUGGAGCUGACAAGGGACACAUCACUGCCCGACACACCCAAGUACAUGCCUCCUGACUUUGUGCAGCUGGUCAACAAGCAAAUGGCUUCUUACUCAUUCAAAGACACCCCAAGGCAAAGCCCCACCACCCUGUGUCUGAAAGAUAAGAAAAUUGAUAUUGCACCAGGACAAUAUGAUAUUGUUUCAGCACCAGUUCCCAAGUUCCUUUCCAGGCACUGUGUAUUCCGUUCUGCAGUCCAAAGGUUUCCAACAUAUUAUUUUAUUCCAAAAGAAGGCCCAGGCCCGGCUUAUUAUGAGGCAAAAUCGUCAAAGAUAAAUCCUAUUACAUCCUGUUUCCAGUCAAAAGUGCCUAGAUUCCAGCCAAUUCGUUCAGCCUCAGCUAUAUUAAAGCACUCGUUAAUUCAAGAGAAAAGUCAUUUCCUUCUACCCUCUGCCCAAUUUUAAAAGCGUCUACAACUUUUCACUUCUAAUGGCCCUUCUGUGCCUUUUGGAGAAUCUGCCAUUUGCCAGAGAGAAGAGGAGGGGACAAGUGUUUACUAUUAGGCACCUGCUGUAUGCCGGCACUGCGCUGAGUAAUCACAAUUAUUUCACAAAUAUGCAUCCGCAUGUAGGAGGACGGGAGGCAUUUUGGGGGCGGAUCUUAUCUUGCAGGUCUGUGGGACUGGCACCUACAUUUUCCCCAUGACAAGACAGUGUCUUGCAUGUUUCUGAAUUCUGAAUUAAAUUCUACCCUUUUUCUGUUUGCUGAG